CACAUUUUCGCCCUGACGAAAUCGUGUUGGGGAUUUGACAAAAAAAAACAAAAUAUUGUUGUACAAUUCGAAUUUUCAUUAAUUCUAUUAGUCAUUAUUUCUUUGAAGAUUUUGUGAUUGAUUUACGUUUGUGAAUUGAAUUUUUCAACGGUUUGAUAAAUUUUUAGACGAGAUAAAUUGGGGAUCUUUUUGUGUAAUAACUCAAUUUACGUCGAUUCAGUUUAAGAUUUAAAAAUGGCUAAUUCUGAAAAGCAAGAAUCGAGAAACAAUGGCCAGAUCGAAGAUGUAAACCGUGUGGAUCAAGAGACUAACGGCGAGGAUUCAAUCAACGAUUCAUGGGACGGUACAGAGAUCUCAUCCGCUGAGAAUCCUUCGAUUAUGCAGAGGUUGACGGAGAUUCUUGUGGAGGAUGAUGACGGCGAUCUGCUGCUACAGCAGAGCGGUCGGGGGGAUGGAUUUUUGCAGUGGCUUCAGGCUCUAGAUAUGCAGGUUUUGGGUGCCUGUCGCACGGACGAAAGGUUGAAGCCCUUGCUGAAACUCAAUUUAUCCAACGGCGCGGCUGAGGAUUGUUUGCUGGCUUACCUUAAUCAGCACUUUGAGCCAUCAGAAGUGGGUAUGCUGGCAAGGUGUUUGUGCAUGCCACUUGUUUCUAUCCGCGCUGGGAAGAUCACCAAGCAAGGGAGCCUCUUAUGUCCAACACCCAUAAGAGGGAAUUUAAAUCUCACACUUUUACCAACUUUGGACUUGCGCAUCUCAUUUGAUGGGGACGAUGGCCAUAUGGAGAGUGUGGCAACAUUGAGCACAGAUGCUCAAUGUUCAGCUGUAGAAAUUGGAGAAAUGUCAGCAGAUAAGACUGGACGAUCUUUCUUGAUCAAGAUCCCUGAUGGUGAGAUUUUCUAUUUUUGGUGCUCUGAGAAGUCUAAGCUUCUGGGGAAUGAAUUGCUCAGAAAGAUGAAGGAUUUACUAACGAGGAAACCAUCAUUAGCUGAAUUAACUGGAAUUAAUGAUUCACGCUUCAACUGUUUUACAAGUCAUCUUCGAGCUUAUCUUGCUGGAUCAAUGAUGGCUGGUGCUCUAGCUUGUUCGGUUCUACCAGCUACCCCUUCUCCAGAUAACUCAGUUGAUUCUUCUGAAUCUAAUUGUGCUGAAUCUUCAUUAGAAUCUAUGAAGACUUCACGAUUUGGGGUCUAUGGAAGUCAAGGAACAAAGCCAAAUCCCGUCUAUCAGGCUAGCCUUAGUCCUAUAGCCAGUUCUUUUGAAGACAAGACUUCAUUGAGUGGUUUUGCCUGGGAGAAACUGAGUCGACGUGAAGAGAUAUGCAUGUCAAGUGUUGACAACCCAGAUGUUGUUUCACCAAGUUUUGUUGAGCCAACUAGUUCAAAUUGCUUUGAGAAGAACGAGCUUUCAGAAGCAACUGGAACUAAACUGCUUCCUCCACUGAAUUUUUUAGAUGCUCUUGGGAACUCCAUAGACCUUCCUUUCUGGGGGCUGGAAACUCAAAUUCCUUCACAUUCAAUGGGUGAAUCAUUAACUCUACCACCACUUUCUUCUCUUCUAGCAACUGCCAGGCAAUCUAGUCGUUUGACGUCAAAAAUGCCCCUUAAUCUUGACCAUGUCCCCCCUGUGGAUUUUCCUCCCCUCCUGCCUGAGCCGUUGGUCAGGUUGCCCCUGCCCCUGCCCCUGCCCCUGCCCCUGCCCAUUCCAACAUCACAGCAGAUUGUGACCUUCUCGCCUUUAACAUGUGACCCAAUUGUUCAUGUCCCGAUUAUUGAAGUUUGCUCCUCCGGCCAAGGGUAUUUGGUCAGUGCAGGCCCUACGAUUUCGACGACUAUUCCAUCAUUAGGCUCAGAUCUUGUGAAGCCUCUGAUUCCAGAUGUAGAAUCAGUGGUCGAAAAAGGUGCUAGGGAGACACUUCGCUUGCUCAUCAGUUGUUCCAACCAGCCUAAUUCGCAGCUGCUUGAUGCAUUUCCCUCUGUGCUGACCAGCAGCGGUCAUAAGCAAAACAUACUCGCCGUCAGCAAUAGCAUCACAGCUAUGGGCAUUGUUCCAUUCUUGGAGAAGUCUUUGGAAAGUAGCAUUGGCAAAGGAUGCAUUAGUAGAGAUGAUUCGGUUGAUCAAACAGAAAAGCCUGCUGGUUUUGGGCCGUCUUUUUUAGAAGAUUAUUGCUCUAACUCGAGAGAUUUAAGUGACUGAUUGAGAAACAUGGUUUCUUCGACCAGUUUGUAGAUUCAGUUUUAUGAUGGAAAUGUAGAUAUUGAGUUGUACUUUCGCGCCCAGAAUUGUAAUUAGCCUCAGUAUGUAUCAACUCAUUUCCUUCUUUUCUUUUUUGGCUUUGAAGAAAGUGGGGAAACUUUGUUUUUGUCUUUAAGCAUCUUCAUUUCAUUUGGUA